GUCCAACCGGAAGGUGCACCAGAAAAGGCCAGCGAGGCAGGCAGGACACCUAUCAUCAACGAUAGCAUCUCGAUUCUGCUCAUCAAAUCCUCGGUGAAGAAAAAAAGAAGAUCUUCAGCUUGGGUGCGGACUUGGGAGACCAUGUUCUUGAUUUUCUGCAUAUAAUUUCCUUGUCGAAUUCUCUUGUCUCAUGUUAUUCAAGCUUUAGCUACCGCCUUCCAUCAUCGUACCUUACGGACGGUACAUUUCAUUGCCCCACGUCUCCUUUACUGGGCACACGCUCAUCCGAUAGAUCAAUACUCGUCCUCGAUACUUUCUUCCCUUUCGCUUCCCGAGCCUCAACGUCGCAAUGGCCGACUACGCUCAGUACCACGCUCUUGGACACGGCGAGGUUAUCGACCCCAAUGAUCCUAACCGAACAUCUCAACCCUCUGCGCAACAGUUCCAACCGCCAAUCGCUCCCUCACCUUACCAACAACAAGCAUCCCCAUAUGGAUCACCCCAAUAUCUUGGAGGCCAGCAAGCGCCUCCUCCUAUGACUGGCUCUCCCGCACCAGCUCCUGGAUACGGUUAUGCACCUCCUCAGGCUCAGGCUCCUCCAGGCCAAGCUCCUCCACCACAAGAUGCUACACUGGCCGCUCAGCUUGGUGGAAUGAACUUGGGAGAUGGACAUGGCACAGCGAGAAGGAAGAAGAAGGAUCGUCAUGCAUACCAUACCGUUGAACCUACCGGUUCCUCGCAAGCCUUCAAUGGCAUGCCUCCCCAGGGGACCUCGGCUACACAGUUCCUCGACAGCGUCCCUGGCGGUCCCGGUUUUGGAGGUCAAUUUGGAAGCCCCCAGGGAACUCCCCAGAUGCAAAGUCAGAGCCAAUUUAGUGCGCCAGUUAACCCGGCAUUUGGUCCUGGUCCUGUUCCUGGAACACCCGGUGUCGGCGAGGGCCUCGGUACAGCCUCAGUGUCUACCAGCGGACCCAAGGGAGUGUCACCUGACGACAUGCCCAGCGUACCGGCCUCGCGAGAUGCUAUCCAGCAGUACUACCUCAAGAACGUCUAUCCCACCUUCGAACGACAUGUCCCUCCUCCCUCGACCGUUUCCUUUGUUGCCUACGACCAGGGCAACUCGUCACCGAAGUACACUCGACUCACACUCAACAACAUCCCCACUACUCAGGACGCUCUGCAGGCUACCGGUCUUUCUCUGGGACUCUUGCUGCAGCCGCUAGCUCCUCUGCAGGCUGGAGAAGCCGAAAUUCCUGUCCUCGACUUUGGUGAACCUGGACCCCCACGAUGCAGACGAUGCCGAGCUUAUAUGAACCCCUUUAUGAUGUUCCGUUCAGGUGGAAACAAAUUUGUCUGCAACCUCUGCGCAUAUCCCAACGAUACUCCUCCCGAAUAUUUCUCUGCGACCAACCCACAAGGUGUCCGAGUUGAUCGUGACACUCGACCCGAGCUUCACCGAGGAACUGUAGAGUUUGUGGUGCCUAAAGAGUACUGGACCAGGGAGCCCGUGGGAUUGCGAUGGUUGUUCCUUAUCGAUGUAACCCAAGAAUCCUACAACAAGGGUUAUGUUGAGGCUUUCUGUGAGGGUAUCCGUGUUGCUCUAUAUGGUGGUGAAGAUCAAGAGUUGGAUGAGAAUGGAGAGCCGAAACGUAGGAUACCAGAAGGUGCCAAGGUUGGAUUCGUCACGUACGACAAGGACAUUCACUUCUACAAUGUCAACCCUGCCCUGGAUCAAGCUCAGAUGAUGAUCAUGCCUGACCUUGAGGACCCCUUUGUGCCCCUGAGUGAGGGACUCUUUGUUGACCCAUAUGAUUCCAAGGAUGUGAUCACAUCUCUGCUUACUAGGCUUCCGGAUAUGUUCUCUACCAUCAAAAACCCCGAGCCCGCCCUUCUCGCCGCCCUGAACUCAGCACUUGCCGCCCUCGAGGCGACAGGAGGUAAGGUUGUGGCAUCAUGCUCUGCGCUGCCAACAUGGGGCCCUGGUCGUCUCUUCAUGCGUGACAAUGGUAAUCACCCUGGAGGUGAAAUCGACAAGAAGCUCUACACAACUGAGCACCCGGCCUGGAAGAAGGUUGCUGAGAAGAUGGCUGCUUCCGGUGUCGGUGCUGAUUUCUUCCUUGCUGCUCCUUCUGGUGGUUAUCUUGAUAUUGCGACUAUUGGUCAUGUUUCCUCAACCACUGGCGGAGAGACCUUUUACUACCCUAACUUCAUCGCUGCGAGGGAUAGCCGAAAGUUAUCACUCGAGAUCUCACACGCCGUGACCAGAGAGACUGGUUUCCAAGCUCUUAUGAAGGUCCGAUGCUCUAACGGCCUCCAAGUCUCGGGCUACCAUGGCAACUUUAUCCAACACACCUUUGGUGCCGACUUGGAAAUUGGUGUUAUUGAUGCUGAUAAGGCAAUGGGUGUCAGCUUUAGUUACGAUGGCAAGCUGGAUCCCAAGCUUGAUGCUCACUUCCAGUCUGCCCUUCUCUAUACAACGGCUUCAGGCGAGCGACGCGUGCGAUGUUCAAAUGUUAUUGCCAGCGUUACGGAAACCUCCAAGGAAUCGGGUGCGCGUGAACAGGGUAUUCGUGAGUGCCUCAAGUUUGUUGAUCAGGACGCUGUCAUUGGUAUGCUUGCAAAGGAAGCCAGCUCGAAGUUGGCGACUACAUCAAGUAACCUCAAGGAUAUCCGUCACUGGCUAAGUGAGAAGGCUAUCGACGUUCUCGCCUGCUAUCGAAAGCAUGCCGCUCAGCAGCAUCCUCCAGGACAGCUUGUCAUGCCUGAGCGAUUAAAGGAGUACUGUAUGUACCUUCUUGGUCUCCUCAAGUGCCGAGCACUCAAGGGAGGUGUCGAGAACUCAGACCGCAGAGUCCACGAGAUGCGGAUGCUUCGUUCUAUGGGUGCUCUCGAGCUGAGCCUGUAUCUGUACCCCCGAAUGAUUCCUAUCCACAACCUCGCACCUGAAGAGGGCUUCGCCGACCCCGAGACAGGCCAUCUCAAGAUGCCCCCUGCGAUCCGCACAUCAUUCUCACGAGUCGAGCCUGGUGGCGUGUAUCUGGUUGACAAUGGCCAACAGUGCCUCCUUUGGUUCCACUCACAGACUUCUCCUAACCUCAUCUCUGAUCUGUUUGGUGAAGACAAGGACUCCCUCAAGAGUCUUGACCCCUACACAUCAGCUCUACCACUGCUAGAGACUCACCUCAACGCUCAAGUCCGCAACAUUAUCGAGUUCCUCCGAACGAUGCGUGGCUCAAAGGGUCUCACUAUCCAGCUCGCUCGACAAGGGAUUGACGGCGCCGAGUUUGACUUUGCCCGUAUGCUCGUGGAAGAUCGUAACAACGAGGCUCAGAGUUACGUGGAUUGGCUGGUACACAUUCACAAGGGUGUUCAGUUGGAGCUGAGCGGGCAACGUAAGAAGGAGGGCGAGGAGCACACGGCGGCAAGCUUGUCAAACUUUGCAGGCUUGAGACCAGCUUAUUGGUAGUUGAAAAAGUCCAGCAGCUUAAUAGAAUCGGAUCUUGAUAACAGCGGUCGUUUAUCAUAUGGAGUAAUGUAACAGAAACAAGCAAAAGACUUUGGUGGGGAAGACAGGGUGAGAGGACAGAUGAUGAUUUGGUUAACAGGUAGCGGGUAGCACGAACACACCGACACAUUAUCGUCGAGUCCAUCUCAGUCUUGUCACGGACACUGUCCUUCCUGUCUGUUGCACGAUACAUGUGUCCAUCCGUAACAUGGAAGACACUCAAGUAUACAGUUUACACCGCAACAUUGUAUUCAUGCUUGUCUUUAAUGUUGCAAAGACAAUAGAGCAAGGCUGGCUGUAUGUGUUUCUCCCUUGCAGGAAAAGACACUCUGUUGUCACCUCGCCAAUCUCUUUUUCAGGCGGUCAGUCAGAUUUUUGUGUUACUGCAUCUCGCCUCUUUGCAUGACUCUCCUCCGCAUGACUCCUCUGAAACAAAAACCCUCCCCCACUUUAGAGUUUGUUUUUACUCUCCUUUUUUAUUAUUAUAGUCUAUCCUUAACUUUCUGUGUAUGUAUGCACCCUUCACCGUUCUUUGCGCCUCGUGGAAAAGGGUCUGCGAUGUAACGAGAUGCUGAUGUCGUGUAAUGGUGUCGCAAUCGAGAUUUGUGCAACAGUCCGAGAAGAGGGAGCAAUGUUUAUUUGACAAAGUUUUGGAUACAAGAUUUGAAGAGGCGGUGGAGAAGGGAACACAGAGAUUGAGAUGCAUAUGUACGGAGUACAGCUGGAGACAACAUGUUACAAGCCCAUGGGGAAGCAUAUCAUACGUACGUGUUGUAUGUAACUCGAAACCCUUGCUUGCCAAUGUCUCGUCUUGUUCAUCAGAUAGGUUCUCUGCGGGACAUGAUCUGCCGCUAGUAAAGUACUGUACUCCCAUGAUCGUCGACGUGCAUUUGCGUCUGUUUCUGCUG